AUGCAGCUCACCGUCCUGCCAUCCGCCGCGGACAGCAACCACCUGCGCGGCCACUCCAAGCCCAAGCGCGACCCCGCCUCCUCCUCCUCCUCCUCCCCCUCCACGGACGGCGGCGAGCCCCGCACCCUCCGCCGCAAGGUCUCCCGCGCGCUCUCCACCCUCGUCCACCGCGCGCGCUCCAUCCCCGACCUCCGCGCCCGCGCUGCCGCAGACGACGCCGCGCCCCCGGUGCCCGCGCUGCCUCACACGCUCGCGCGGGAGGGCACCUCGUCCACGUCCGGCGACGAGUCCUACUCGGACUCGUGCUCGGACGACGACUCGAAGACCCCGUGGCCGGUGCCGGCGAGGCGCGCGCCGCGGAAGGAGGGACGGAAGAUCCGGAAGCUGCGGAGCGUGCUGUCGAGCACGAGCUUGGGGCUCGUCGCGUCCGGGGCGUCCGCUGCCGACCUCGGUGCGACGACGGCGACGGCGACGGCGACGGCGAAGUGCGGCGGCGCGGGGCCGUACGGGGGCGGGGUGUGGGACGCGUCCGAGUCGCGGGGGACGCUCGUGGACCAGUACGCGUACCCGGCGAUGAGGGUGGACCCGGUGCUGUACGGGAUGAUCAUGAUCUGA